CAGUCUUAUUUUUCUCUUCAUUAGCAAUUAAUUUAAAAAAAAAUAUUAGAAUGAAAAAAUGUUUUAUUUUAUUGAUACUUGCUGUUUGCAUAUAUCAAACAAAUGGUUGGCGGCGAUUUUUUAGAGGACGGAAGAGUGGGAUUUUUUUGGGAGAACCAAGUAGAAAUAUACUAACACGAAGAGAAUUACCAAAAGAUCAGUGGUUCGAACAAAUAUUGGAUCAUUUCGAUCCCACAAAUGAUAAAACUUGGAAACAGCGAUUUUACAUAAAUAAAGAAUUUUAUAAACCAGGAGGACCUGUAUUUUUAAUGAUUGGAGGAGAAGGUGAGGCAUUGCCAAAGUGGAUGAUUGAGGGAGCCUGGAUAAGAUAUGCUAAUAAGACAAACGCAUUAUGUUUCCAACUUGAGCACAGAUUUUAUGGAAAAAGUCACCCGACAAGUGACAUAUCCACUAAAAAUUUAAAGUAUUUAUCAUCAGAACAAGCGUUAGCCGACUUGGCCUAUUUUAUAACCGCCAUGAAUGACAAAUAUCAUUUGCCUUAUGAAACAAAAUGGAUUGCUUUUGGUGGCUCAUAUCCCGGCUCUUUAGCUGCGUGGUUACGUUUAAAAUAUCCUCAUUUAAUUCAUGGUGCUAUUAGCUCUAGUGGGCCAUUAUUAGCCAAAGUUGAUUUUUAUGAAUACUUCGAUGUGGUUGUUACUUCAUUGGGAAAUUAUUCUCCAAAAUGUGUAACCGCUGUUCAACGAUCAUUCCAACAAAUUGAGAUUUUAUUGAAACAUAUGAUUGGACAAAGAACAUUAGAUGAACAGUUUAAACUUUGUGAUCCUGUUGAAAAAUCCAUAGAAAAUCAUUUAGAUAUAUCGAAUUUAUUUGAAACAAUAGCAGGGCAAUUUGCCGAUGUUGUUCAAUAUAACAAAGAUAAUAGUCCACAUGCUACGAUUACAAUAGAUGAUGUUUGCGAUGUUAUGAUGAACGAAACUUUAGGCAGUCCAUUAACACGUUUAGCAGAAGUGAAUAAAUUGAUGCUAACAAAAACUAAAGAUGAAUGUUUGGAUUACAAAUACGAUAAAAUGAUAAAUGAAAUGAAAAAUAUUUCUUGGUUAUCUGAACAAGCUGAAGGUGGACGUCAAUGGACUUAUCAGACCUGUACAGAGUUUGGAUUUUAUCAAACUUCUAACAAUCUAAGUGCAGUUUUUGGGGAUCGUUUUCCAGUAGAUUUCUUUAUAAAGCAAUGUGAAGAUAUUUUUUCUACGAACUUUGACGCUGUAGAACUAAGUAGAGCUGUGAACCGUACUAAUACGUAUUAUGGUGAGUUACACCCCCACACGACAAAUGUCCUUUAUAUACACGGUUCAAUAGAUCCUUGGCAUGCUUUGGGGCUAACGAAAUCUAAUAAAAUUGAGUUGCCUACAAUAUUCAUAAAUGGAACCGCACAUUGUGCUAACAUGUAUGAACCGAGAGAUUCUGAUUUUCCGCAAUUAGUAAAGGCAAGAGAAGAAAUAAUGCAGUACAUAAAUCAUCUAGUAUAUAAUACACCGAAGUAAAUAUGUAAAUAUUUUUUGUAUAACAUACAUCCAUAUGUAGAUGUCAUUGGAAAUAUAUACAUACAUAUGUACAUACAUAGCAAUAAAUUAUUAACAAUUAUUAUUUAAUCAGUUCAAUAGCAUGAUGGCAAACCACAUACUGUACGUACAUAUGUGU